AUGGCGUUAUCUUUAGAAGAACGUGUAGUUCUCAGUGAAUUAGCAGAGGGAACCUGCCUGCUACCUGCUGUAAACAUUGCAAGGAUAUCAUCCUUAACAUCAACUAUAACGCUGGUCAAGGAAUAUAUAAAGUUGCCAACUCUCAAUGAACUAGGGGCUGUGGCUGAAGGAUUUUCCAAACGGUGUGGAUUCCCUAAAGUUAUUGGUGCCAUUGACGGUACUCAUAUUCCAAUCUCUGGUACAUCCUGUAAUAGAGAUGCAUUCAUCAACAGGAAGGGUUACUCGAGCAUGCAGUUACAGGUCGUUUGCGACGCCAAACUGCAGUUCACCGACAUUUAUGUAGGCUGGCCGGGGUCGGUUCAUGACUGCAGAGUUUUCAAGAACAGCCCAUUAAGACGCAAACUUGAGCAAGGAUAUUUGCCACCCGACUUCCAUCUUAUUGGUGAUUCAGCCUACCCACUUGCUCCGUACAUCAUGGUUCCAUUCAAGGACAAUGGACAUUUAUCCCUUGCAGAAAAGAAGUUUAACAAAUGCCAUGCAUCAACAAGGGUGGAUGUUGAAAGAGCUAUAGGACUCCUGAAAUGUAGAUUUCGGAGACUGAAGUAUCUUGACAUGCAGCUAACAGAGGAAAUGUGCGACUUCAUUGUAGCAGCAUGUGUGUUGCAUAAUUUUAUUCUCAUGAGGGAAAUGUUUCAUGAUGACAUUAUUGGUUAUGACAAUCACCAGGCAGAUGAGUUGAUCGAUGAAGAGGCACUACUCGAGGGGUUGCCAGCUGAUGCUGUUGCAAAGAGCAAUGACAUUGCCCUUCUCCUGUAG